UGUGUCACAUUCUUUAUCAUAUGUGUAUUUAAGCUGGCCUUUUGGACAGGUCUGCUAACAGGGUCAGCAGUUGUGUGUAGUUACCUAACUGAUAAAAGAGAUAAGCCGUCAGCCAUACUGUAGAUAGUCAUACUUAUGAUACUUUAAACUGCCUGCCGUUGCUGAAUAAGGGCGCUCUAGAGCCUGGGCGCUUGCUUGCCUCUCUUUCAUGAGUGUUCAUUGGCUAAGUGGAGGACAGCAAGAGGGAGAACUUUGUGAAGAAUAUGUCACUCCAUCCAAACCGACAGGAUGGCACAGGAGGAUCAAAACGUUGGAUUAAAUUGUCGUUUUUCUACGUCAUUAUCUUCACGGCAGUUAUAAUUUCACUUCUUGUGUAUAAAUCAUGGGACGAGGUGGUUAUUUUGGCAAAACACAAGCAAUCCAGCGCGAUGAAAGGCUUUCUAAACGCAACAGACACGCCAAAAUCUCUUUCCAACAAUACCGGCAUUUUGCAGCCAAAAAUGAUCUUAUAUUGGAGAGUCAAUAAGUCGUGUGCAUAUUUCACCCUUACCAAACCAGGACCUUCGUUCAAGGAUCUAAACUGUCCGGUGAACAACUGUGUCUGGACGGACGAUAAAGCAAAGGUGAAAGAAGCCGACGCGGUCCUCUUUUUUGACCACUGCCUGAAAGAUGUGAUUCCCCCUCAAGAUAGAAACCCUCAAGGCCGUUGGGUUCUUGUUAACCACGAGAGUCCAUGUCACGUCAAUACCUUUAAAGUUUUGUCUCAGUGGGACGGCCUCUUCAACUGGACGAUGACGUACACGAAAGACAGCGACAUCUACAGUCCGUACGCACAAGUUAUACGUAACGAUGGGGACAGCCCGGUGUUAUCCAGAGAACGGUCGUUAUCAAUCGCCAGAAAUAAGUCGAGCCUGGUGGCUUGGAUGGUUAGUAACUGCCGCACUCUUAGUAAACGAGAAAAAUACGUAGAAGAGUUAGAUAAAUAUAUCCCAGUCGACGUAUACGGGAGAUGUGGGCCUUUGGCGUGUGAGCGCCGAAGCAAACGUUGCUCUAAGAUUCUCAGCGACUACAAAUUUUACUUAGCAUUUGAAAAUAGUCUUUCAAAAGAUUACGUGACAGAGAAAUUCUUCAACAUGAUCCCAAUGAAUGUAAUCCCGAUUACUCGAUCUGGAGCAAAUUUCAGCCGACUUGGAAUUCCAUCAGCAUUGCACAUAGACACUCGGGAUUUCAAAUCUCCAAAAGAUCUGGCAGAGUAUCUCAAACGUCUUGAUCAAGAUGAUGAAAGCUACGCUGCCUUACUGAGAGCAAAAUCCAACUACAAGCUUCUUAGUUGGAAGCAUAGUUACUGUGACCUAUGUAAAAAACUAAAUGAUCCUAAAGAACAGAGCAAGAGUUACAGUACUUUAGAAAUAAAAGAACAGCUUGGAUCAUGCGUGCCACCAAAUGACCUGCAACAUCAUCACUUCUUACAGAAUCGACCAGAAGAUGAAAUAUAUAUGGAAGUACCUCAUAACUGAUGUAUAUGAAAUCUCUCAUAUUUAACAAAGUACAAAUCACCAUGCAUCACAACCAAAA